CAAGCUUUGAGUUUUACCACUCAAAAGAUUCAUCGAAUCAGCUCUUACAGUCAAACCUAGACCAUGGAUCGUCCCACCAAGCCAAACAAGGCAUUUCGUCCAAAAAGCACUAUACCCAAGCCACUUUUGGUGCCCAAAAAUGAGCCCCUGGAGCCACAAGAAGCCCCACCAAAGCCCAAGAAAACUGGUCUUUCGCCAACGGUAGGCCGUUGGAAGCCCAUUGACGACUUGGCUUUGAUGAUUGGUGUUCAACAGACCAAUGAUUUGAAUUUGGUGCACAGUGCCACAACGUUUUCGAGCAACUUUACGCUGCAGGAGGUGCAGCAUCGUUGGUGCGCCCUCAUGUACGCCCCAGCCGCGUCUCGUUUGGCCCUCAUGGGCAUAGGGAAUCUCCACCCAGAAGCGGCGGAAAGUGUGCACAAGAAGGCAAUGUACAGCGAAAAGGAGGAGGCAUUGCUGGCUAGCUUCAAGAGUACGGAGAGUCCCACGUUGGAGCAGUUUCAGGAGCUGCUCGAUAAGAACGUUUCAACCUUUUGGCACACGCGCACCGCUCGGGAUCUUGAGCACAAUUGGCUGCUCAUGAAGAAGUAUUUUCUGCUGCCCGAUCAGGUGAUACCACUCGAUGCACCCGAUUCUCAACCGCGCAGCUUCUCAGACGUCGAAGAAGAUAUUUGCAAGGCGGAUCUGAAGGAGCCACUCGACGAGGCCCUGGAGCAGGAGCUGGAGCUGCAAAAUCGCCGCAACAAGCGUUCCGUUCGUCUGCUGGAGAACGAAAUGUCCCGCCUGUCCGUGCUGGUGGACUCUGCCAUGGGCCCGAAUGCUGCCAGCCAGGAGUUGGACAGCGAGACCAUGGCCUGCCUGUGCGGCCAACAGGUGCGCUACUUGAUGCAGCACAAGGAGAUCACAUUCGGUCGCGAUGGCAAAGACUCUUCGGUGGAUGUGGAUCUCUCGCUGGAGGGAAAUGCAUCGAAAAUCUCACGCCAACAGGGCACCAUCAAGCUGCGCAGCAACGGCGACUUCUUCAUCUCCAACGAGGGCAAACGGCCCAUUUUUGUGGCUGGCAAACCGCUGCUGCAGGGCCACAAGACGCGUCUCGCACACAACAAUCUGCUGGAGAUUUAUGGAUUGCGCUUGAAUUUUCUAAUCAAUAGCAAUGUUAUACAAGCCAUGCGCCGUGAGAGCUCUCGGAAUAAGGAGUCAUUGAUGUAG